AUGUCGUACAGCAAGCAGCAAUCCGAGUACCAGACUCGGAAAAUUGGUGCCCUGCACACCAAUGAGUUCAGAACCUAUAUUGAAAAGGAUGGCACUCCCAUCUCUCCUUUUCACGAUAUCCCCCUCUAUGCCAAUGAGCAACAAACUGUUCUGAACAUGAUUGUUGAGAUCCCCAGAUGGACAAAUGCAAAACUUGAGAUCUCCAAAGAGGAAUUCCUGAACCCUAUCAAACAAGAUGUCAAGAAGGGCAAGCUUCGAUUUGUGCGCAACUGCUUUCCUCACAAGGGCUAUUUGUGGAACUACGGAGCCUUCCCAAGGACUUGGGAGGAUCCGAACGUUGUCCAUCCCGAGACCAAGGCAAAAGGUGACAAUGACCCGUUGGAUGUUUGUGAAAUCGGCGAACUCGUUGGCUAUACUGGACAAAUCAAACAAGUCAAGGUCCUUGGCGUUAUGGCGCUUCUGGACGAGGAGGAGACGGACUGGAAGAUCAUUGUCAUUGAUAUCCACGACCCUCUCGCCCCCAAGUUGAAUGACAUCGAGGACGUCGAGCGCCACCUCCCUGGUCUCCUCCGUGCUACCAACGAAUGGUUCCGUAUCUACAAGAUCCCAGAUGGCAAGCCAGAGAACCAGUUCGCCUUCAGCGGCGAGUGCAAGAACAAGAAAUAUGCUGAGGAGAUCAUCCGCGAAUGCAGCGAUGCAUGGGAACGUCUGAUCACUGGCAAGCAACAACGUGGGGAUCUCAGCCUUGCCAAUGUGACAAACACCAGCUCUCCAGACCGUGUCGACCCAUCUCAGCUCUCCAAGAUUCCCCCUGGCCAAAAUCUUGCUCCUGCACCAAUUGAUGGAAGUGUCGACAAGUGGUUCUUCAUCUCUGGUGCGGCCGUCUAA